CUAACAUGAAUCUUGGACAACCUCCUCAUUUUACUGCAGAAUUCUCAAGAACAGCUUAGGUUACAAACUCCCAAGUGCAGAGUUAAACUAUGGAGCGGCAUACACCCCCUCUCUCUCUUUGCCACGUCAACACAAAAUCCAUCAUCAUCAACCGCACACACAUGCUCAUCCAUGCAAUAGCUCUGAUCAUCCUCAUACGCUACAGAGCUUCUUUUUUCUUCAAUGAGAUUACUUCCACAGACAAACCCACGGUUUUGGCUUGGCUCCUCAUGUUCCUAGCCGAAUUAAUGUUAUCCUUCUCAUGGCUGCUCAACCAAGCCUACCGGUGGCGACCUGUCACACGGACCGCCUUCCCCGAGAGGCUGCCGGAAGACGGCAAACUUCCGCCUAUAGACGUGUUCGUGUGCACGGCGAACCCCGAUAAAGAGCCGACCGUGGAGGUGAUGAACACAGUGAUAUCUGCGAUGGCACUCGACUAUCCGCUGGAGAAGGUCCAUGUGUAUCUCUCGGACGAUGCAGGGUCGCCACUCACCUUGUACGGGAUGAGGGAGGCAUACGAUUUCGCGAGGUGGUGGUUGCCGUUCUGUAAGAGGUUUGGGAUAAAGACGAGGUGUCCAAAGGCUUAUUUCAUGGAUGAUGGGGAUGAUGAUAAUGAAGCGGAUGACGAUGGGGUUAAUGUGAGAUCUAGUGAUGAGUAUGACUCGGAGAAGCGGAAAGUCAAGGAGAAGUAUGAGUUAUUUAAGGCACGAGUGAAUGGAUAUAAAGCUAGGCACUACAAAGACUCGAGUCUUAGUAGUCGGGAUCAUCCAUCUACAGUUGAGUUGAUCGGAGGAAGUUCCGUUGAUGAAGUCGUGCAAGCAGACCAACAAAACAUGCCUCUUCUUGUAUAUGUCGCAAGAGAAAAGAGACCUUCGCACCAUCAUCACUUUAAAGCUGGAGCUCUAAAUGUUCUUCUCCGAGUCUCGGGAGUGAUGAGCAAUUCGCCUUAUGUUCUGGUAUUGGACUGCGACAUGUACUGCAGUGGUCCUUCUUCAGCAAGGCAGGCCAUGUGCUUCCACUUGGAUCCGAAAAUAUCUCCUUCGCUAUCGUUUGUCCAAUUUCCUCAAAGAUUUUAUAACAUCAGUGAGAACGACAUCUACGAUAGCAAAAUGCGAUCGUACUUUUGGACAUCCUUGUGUGGAAUGGAUGGACUGAAGGGGCCUGGAUUAUCUGGUACCGGCUUUUAUAUCAAGAGAGAGUCAUUGAAUGGGAAAUCCAUACGUGAAGGGACUGAUGUCAUGGACUUAAGAAAGCUCUUUGGCAAUUCGAAAGAAUUCAUUAAGUAUCUCCAGCAGAACGACCUGCCAAGCAAGAACGUUAUUCUUGGCAACUCUGCAGCAUUCUGGAAAGAAGCCCAGUUCUUAGCUUCUUGUGGAUACGAAAAUGGCACCAAAUGGGGUCAGGAGGUGGGCUUCCUGUACCAAUCCGUGGCGGAAGACUACUUCACAGGCUUUACCUUGCACUGCAAAGGGUGGACAUCGGUGUAUUAUAGCCCGUCAAGGCCACAGUUCAUGGGAACAGCGACGACAAAUUUGAAUGACCUGCUGAUUCAAGGCACGAGAUGGAGUUCGGGCCUUGCCGAAGUCGGCUUCUCUGGAUUCUGUCCUCUGAUAUACGGCUCACUGAGGAUGCCAAUUUUGCACAGCAUGUGCUAUGCUGAACUUGCAUUUUUUCCACUCUAUUGCUUGCCCAUUUGGAUCUUUGCCACUAUUCCUCAGAUCUGUCUAUUGAAUGGCAUCGCCAUAUAUCCAAAGGUUUCAAGUACAUAUUCCAUGGUACUUUCCUUGGUGUUUGUUUCAUCACUCUGCAAGCACUUGUAUGAAGUCGUUGCGAGCGGUCACUCGGUUCGAACAUUCAUGAACGAGCAACGGAUGUGGAUGAUCAGGUCGGUGACUAGUCACGUGUAUGGAACGAUGGACGCUAUCCUGAAGCAACUUGACAUGAGAAAAGCUAGCUUCUCACCGACAAAUAAGGCUGCCGAUGACCAGCAAUCGAAGAGAUACAAGAUGGGCUUAUUCGAUUUCCAGACGUCCAUAAUGUUUUUGGCUCCGAUGGUGGCUGCAGUGAUAUUGAACGUGGCUUCCUUCGUCGGAGGAAUCACUAGGGUGCUUGCUUUGGGGGGUUGGGACAAAUUGCUUAUGCAAAUGGUUCUGGUACUUUUCGCCAUAGUGAUGAGUUACCCUGUGAUUGAAGGGAUGGUGCUGAGGACGGACAAAGGACGUGUUCCGCCAACGGUCACUUUAGUAUCGGCUAUACUUUCCUCGGCAUUAUUUUAUCUAGGUUCGUCUUUCUUGUGAACUAAGUGAUUGGAGUUGAUGAUCCUUGUCCGAUGGAUGAGACCUAAGUUAGAUUUGUUUCAGUACCUUCAAUAUAUAAAGCUAGAGAAUUGCCAAGGUUAUGCUCAAA